AAACCUAAACACAAGGUCGGAAAGGUUCAGCACGGAGUUCUGACUGAAGUACGCAAUCAUGUCGUUGUUGAAGAUGGAGUCGAGAAGCUGAUCCUCAAUGAUGGUGACACCACAGCAGAUUCGAAUAUAGACGCAGGGAGCUCUAAGGUGUUUGUGGAUGAAAAGCCCUCAGCCAACAAUGACAAGAGUGGAAGUCAUGAAUGGUCAAAUGAAGAGUACAAACGAGAGUUGAACAAAUAUAAGAAGAAGCACCACAUUAAUUCUACUAAUGAACCGAGAAACGAAACGUCCUGCGACCUGUACAUGCGCUGCCGGAAUCAAAUGCACCUGGCUGUAGACAGUUGCGCCUGGCGAUUUGCCAGCGGUAAAGUACUUCCAACAUUGGCUGAAAGUGCUGAAAGUCUUCUUUACAAGGUAAUGUUUUUGAAAGCACGCCUUAUUUGA